AUGGCCCAAACCCGACCGACGGCUCCCCGCCACCACCAUCAUCUGUCGGAGACCAGCAAAUCGCCGGAAGACGCCGCCAAGAACCAGAGCACCGCCACUACUACUCGCUCCUUCGGCUGCACCUUCUGCCGGCGAGGCUUCUCCAGCGCGCAGGCCCUCGGCGGCCACAUGAACGUGCACCGCAAGGACAAGGCCAAGCUCAAGCCCCCUCCUCACUUCCCCUCCCUCCUCCUCUCCGGCGCCGCCGCCGCCGCCGAGUCACCGUCGCCGUACCUUCUCGAGCAUCGCCGGCUGCUGCUUUCCGGUCAUGGGCCGAGGCGACUCGGCGAGGGGGAAGCGGAGGUAGAUCUCGAGCUCCGGCUGGGCCGAUCCGGAAGUUAA